AUGUUCCGCAAAGACAUGCAAACGCCGAAUAUGACCUACAAAUUGAUGAACCUCGUAAACGUUUUCGAUUUGGGACAAGGAUUCGGUCAUUUUGUCACCGCGCCCGUUCUCGUUUUUCCGAGACUGCACGAGAAAUUGGAUUUUUUCGUCCGGGUAAGGGCUAGAACUUCUCGGAAACCUAUGUAACUUUUGGAAAAUAUGCACUAAAGUUGCAGAGGCUUGCCGAGCUCUUGCACUGCGUAAUUUCAGGGAAUCGGGUGCAUGAUGAACACGUUCUGGGUGGCCGAUCUUCCCGUGAUGGCAGUCCUUGCCGUCUGCCGGAUCAUGAUCUUCUGCAAGAUGAUCCAUCCAGAAAACUUCCAUCGAGCCAUCAAAGUUAUUCUGUUCCUAAUUCUCACGUGGUUCUCAUUCGUGCUAGCCUACGGAUGCGCGGCACAGAACAUGAAACUGACUCCUCCGUGGUGGGGUUACGACUUCGACGUUCAGUACAGUGAGAUAUUCGAUAUGCUGGAAAUUGUUUUGAGUUUUCCGAGCUUAGUCACUUCGUACAUUGCUUAUUUGACUAUUAUUUACCUAAUUUAUGUGGUAAUCCACUACUUCGUUGCCUCGUUCAAAACACAUUAUUGCAGAAGAAAAAAGGAGUCGGCAGUAGUCAGUCUCGAAAAGACGAAAUGGCGAUUCUGCUCCAGUACACGUUCGUCACCAUCUACAUCACCGUUUUGAUAGUCGUCUGGCAUCCGUCUCUUUUUAUUUUUUUCUCUUUUAUCGACAUGACAAACAUGAGGAACCAAGCGAUUCUGAAUAGUCUAUGGAUUCUACACUGCUACGUGAAUCCGGUCAUGAUGCUGGUUUUUAACAAGUAACACAGCGUCAUAAAAUGCUGUAUCUCAGCUGUUCGUAGAGAUAUGGAACAGUUGUCAACUAAUGAAAUGUGUACAAUAUUUCAAUGAACAAUUUGUUAGUUGACAACUUUUUGAUAUCUCAAUUGGCAGCUGAGAUAUGCAGUCUGGAAUAAACGUUUUGUGUUUCAGAUCCAUUCGGAAGGACUGCAUGCAACUUUUGAGGCUUCGAAAAUCAAGUAUUGCUCGAAUUCAGUGUCGACCUGCCGUCGUUUCUACCUCUAUUGCCAGUCCUUCAUAGGUUUUCGUCCGUAUUCCGUAGAAUUCCAUCUAGAUCACAGUUCCGAUACAAACACGCGCUGCGCCUCAUUUAAACCCUUUGAAUGGCCACUCCACGCACGAAACUCUUCGUUUUCCUCAUUUCUUUUUCCCUCAUUUUUCUGUGUCUAGUGCUCUUGACAAUUUUGGGUGUACACUUCCUGUUUCGUCUGAAGCCAGAGCACAAUUCGAAAGUUCUGAAUGCCACGUGUGGACCCAUCCGCGGAAACAUCUAUAGACAUGUGAGUAAACAACCCGAAUAAGUGGGUCACCGAGGAGAAAAUGCAAAUUUUCGGCUUUAGACCGAGAAUAAAAUAGUGGAUGGUUACUUGGGAAUUCCGUUUGCAAAGCCUCCGAUCGGAGAGCUCCGUUUCAAGAAACCGGUGCCUGCUGAAAAGUGGGCGGAGCCUAGGGACUGUUACGCGUACGGGCCCGGAUGUCCACAAUCCGGAGACCAUUCAGAUGUGAGUGAAACGUUUUUUGGGAAGAUCCUCUGGACCAUGUGCAAGAUUACAGAUGAUUCCUGAAGGUUUUUAUGAGUUUGCAGAGGAUAAUUGCUUGACUUUAAAUGUUUUCGCUCCGAGAUGGAAGUCCGAAGAGUUUGUGAGUGAUAAUGGGGGACUUGAGAAGUUUUUUUUGUUCCUAAAUAUUUUCAGCCCGAAGGACUCCCAGUAAUAGUCUAUUUUUACGGUGGCGGCUUCGAAAUCGGUUUCUCCUCAUUUCUCGAUGACUAUUCUCUAUCCGGGUACUCAUAAAUUCAAAGCCCCUUUUCCAAAGAAACAUUUCAGAGGUCUUCUGCUGAAAGACGUGAUAGUGGUGACGGUGAACUACCGUGUGGGACCAUUGGGAUUUCUGACGACGGGCGAUUCCGUGGCACGUGGCAACUACGGACUGUGGGACCAGACGCUCGGUCUCCAGUGGGUCCGGCAGCACAUUGGCUCGUUCGGAGGAGACGCACACAAUGUGAGCAUCUUCGGAACGAGUGCCGGCGGAGCAAGUGUCGACUUGUUGGCUCUCAGUCCGCAUUCCAACAGUACGUCGUACAUCCCGGGGCUCCGCUCGGCAACGAUCUAUUCGCUUCAGAACUAUUCCGUCGCUUCAUCACCAUGUCCGGAACGGCUUUCUGCGAUUUCGCGUGUAGACCUCAACUACUUCAGGCUCAAAUAUUCACAGAGUUUGCUCAACAUCACGGCUACAACGGGAAUGGUGAGCUACUUUUGACUUCUUUAUGACAUCUUUGACUUCUGAAGAGCUUACAGAUUCUCAAAGCCUUCUAGCCUGGUACCAAUCCCAACCGGAUUCGAAAUUCAGACAAUGGAACGGAUUUCAAAGACCCGCUUCUGGAUUUCUGUCUUUUGUGCCCAAUUUGGACGGUGAUUUCCUGCCAAAACCAUUCGAUGAUCUGAGAAAAGAGGCGCCGAAGUUUGAUGUGAUGGCUAUGAUCGGAGAGUAUGAGGGACUGCUAUGGGGUGAAUUGAUGUAUUUCAAAAAUUGAUGUUAACUAUGAAAUUUUAGGAUGUUUCGAGUCCAGUAACAUUACUGAAAACUUUGAGAAAGCAAUUGAAACCGCCUACGGCCCGGAUAUCACAGCCAAUUACACUGAAGUUAGGAAGCUACUAUUUGACUUUUACACCAAAAGAAUUGACAAAAAUGAUGAGAAAGUGAUGGAGAAAAGGGUGGUUGAGGUAUAGGAAGCUGAUGAAAAAGUGCAUGAAUCCUGUUUGCAGUUCAUCGGCGACUCGUGGUUCAACGUUGGCACCCUGGACACCAUAAAGUCUUGUGCUAGAUACGGAAACAAUGCCUAUUUGGCUUCUUUUGACUACUACAACAUGGAUGCUCGAGAUCCAAUGGGCGAAAAAGCUCCGUUCAGAGCUUCCAGUCAUGGCUCCGAGCUCAAAUAUACACUUGGCGAGGGGGAAAUGUUCAAGUUGAGUCCAGACGAUGAAGAGUUCAAAGUGAUGAACAUGAUGGGCGAUUUUGUGACCAAUUUUGCUAAAUAUGGGUGAGUCAGAGCAUAAGUUUCAGAUAAAAGUUCAAGUUUUCAGAAAUCCGAAUGGAAAGUCGGAAUCCGGUGCUCAAGUUUGGGAAAAGUACAAUUUGGACAAACCGAACAGAUACUUCAAGAUAGACUAUCCGAAAAGUGAAAUGAGGGACAACUAUCAGAACGGAAGGAUGGACGUUUACGAGCAGAUCAACCGGCAAUCGAACAAGUAUCAGGAGAUUGUGUAUGGGAAGAGAGAAUUAUAA